GAAGGCCCAACUAGAAGAAGAAUAGAAGAACUCUGUAUUUUGCAAUCGCACAAUUGGAAUUUCGAAUCGAUUUAUAUAGUGUUGUGUGUUCCUUGCGGUUCGUGGUGUGCUGCAUUUUCGGAAGAUGCCUGGUUUUUUCUUUUUGUUUAGUGAGAUUUUCUCCUAUUUUUUUAUCAAUUUCGGUGAGAGUGCUGUGCAACGAAAGGGAAUACGCAAAAACGAUUUUUUGUAGAAAGUCGCGAGAGUCCCCGAAGGAGAAGGCCAUACAUAGAAACGAAAAGGAGAAGGAAAAGCGAAAACGAAGCAAAGGCAGCGCAAUAAGGUUUUCACCUGCACACACCGCCUUUAAAGUCCUGACACUGAAUACCCGCCAUUUGGAGGCCAUGAAAGCGGGCUAUUUAUGGAUCGAAUAAGUAAAAGGAGUCCCAAUCAAUUUAAACACCAGUUCAGCAUCUUGCGGUGGUUGCUACAGCAAGCUGGCCGAGAAGAGGGCACUCCACAAGGGCUUCGCCGGCGAUAGGCGAUACUAGGGGGCGUCACUUUUAACGGAAAGAAAGGAGAAGCCAACCCGAACGAACCAUGAAACAUUCAAAUAUUUCCAUACACAAGGACAUGAUGGAAUUCGGGUAACUAAAACCGAGAGCAACGCACAAAAUUAGAAGUAGGAACACAUUCACCGAAUACUUCAUUCAGCGGUUAUAAAUCGCGCUAAAGAUCAUGAAGCGAACGGAUACAUCCGGAACGCGUAAAUGAAAGCACACUUCCGAACGAAGCAACUUUGAUAUAUAUCAACCAAACCGAACUGUUCCCAGCGGAUCAGUAAGAACCAGGACGAACAGGAGGACGAGGAGGAGGGGGACGAGGCCGAAGGGCCAGAGACGGCAGCCAAAUCGCGGCCGCGCCAGCGGGCACAGCGGUCAUGGAACCACCCGGCGGAGUGCCGCCGGACAGGGAUCGGCAGCUGGUGCUCCGUAAUCAGUCGGCGGCCCUCGUGCCCGUGGUCGUAUCCGCACCAGCCACGGGAACGGGUGCAACCACGCCCAACCCGCAGCCACCGGCACAGGCCCAGUUGUCCCUGGUGCCCAGCAAGCCAACCAGUCUGAGUCUUCAGCCGCAUGCCGUGCUCCACGCCAUGCAACAGUUGUCGCCGUCGGCGGGUGGCAACAACAAUGCCAGUAGCACCGCCGCCACCGCCACGAGCAGCAGCAGCGGGAACGCGAACAGCGGCAGCAGUCCCGCCCUAGCCUCCACCGCCACGGCCAUAUCGGCCACCACGCAGGCAGCCACUGCCUUCAGCGGCAGCUCGGUGGGUCACCACCACCUGCAGCACCACCACCAGCAUACGCAUCCGCAUGCCCCACAGCAGUCACAGUCACAGCCACAGCCGCAGCACCAGCUCCAGCAACCGCAUCCGGCCAGUGUGCCGAGUGCAGCGCCACAAAGCCACCAUCACGGCUCCAUAUCUGUCAGUGGGUCAGGCGGUGGACUACUCGGCUCCAGCGGCGGCAGUGGCAACCAACAGCAGGCCAUCGAGAAGCUAUCACGACCCAUGGCUUUCGAUAAGAUGGAAAUGCUGGUGCGGGAGAUGCAAGAUCAGGAACAUGGCGUGCCUGUGCGACAGCAGAAGAUGUUCCUGACUUCCAUACCAUAUGCGUUUAUGGGAUACGAUCUAAUUGAAUGGCUGAUGGAUCGCCUGCAAAUCGAGGAGUCGGAGGCCCUCAACAUUGCUAACCAACUGUGUCUGCACGGCUACUUCUUUCCGGUCAACGACUCAAAGACGCUGACCGUGAAGGACGACUCGUCGCUGUAUCGGUUCCAAACGCCCUACUAUUGGCCCUGGCAGCACAAGGCGCCGGAUAACGUGGAGUACGCCAUCUAUUUGGCCAAGCGAUCGCUGCGCAACAAGCAGCGCCAUGCACUGGAGGACUACGAGGCGGAGGCACUGGCCUCGCUGCACAAGAACCUGAAGGGCAAGUGGGACUUCAUCUCGAUGCAGGCCGAGGAGCAGGUGCGUCUGGCCAAGGAGCGCAAGAAAGGUGACAAGAUCGUGGGAGACUCGCAGGAACGAGCUUACUGGAGAGUUCACCGUCCACCACCUGGCCAGUUCACUCCGUUGGAGCCCUGUCCAGUGCCUUCGCGCGAUCGUCAGGGCCUCAAGCCCAAUAAAAAAAAGACUGUCGAUGACAUGCAGCGCGACGUUGACUACUUGGGCAAGUCGCUGAAUCGGACGCGGAUGAAGAUGUCGCAGGCCUGCGAGUCGCUCGUUUGCUACUCGGAGACAUUCUCCGAAUACGAUUUCUUUCUGCAGCCGGCACUGCCCUCCAAUCCAUGGGUGACGGAGGAUAUUGCCUUCUGGCAGCUGAACAACACCUUUGUGGACAUUCCCACAGAGAAGCGCGUCAAGCGGUGGGCCAUCUCCAUCGAGGAGCUCGUCUCCGAUCCCACUGGCCUGCAGGAGUUUACCGGCUUCCUGGAGAAGGAGUACUCGCACGAGAACAUCCGCUUCUGGAUAGCAGUCAAUCGAUUGCGCCGUUCCGCCCACUCCCAAGUGGCGCGAAAGGUCAACGAAAUCUACGAGGAGUUUUUGAAGCCCGGCGCACCGUGCGAGAUUAAUAUUGAUGGCAAGACCAUGGAGAGCGUGCUCAAGGGCCUGAAGAAUCCAUCGCGGUUCACUUUUGACUCAGCAUCGGAGCACAUAUACAUGCUGCUGCUGAAGAAGGAUUGCUACCCGAGAUUCAUACGGUCGGAGCACUACAAACGCCUGCUGGACACCGGCAUACAGCCGUCGUACAAGAAGCGCUUUUUCAACUUUGGCGGCGUGAGCGGUGCCAAGAAGAAAAUGACAGCCGCGCUGAGUAGCCAGCCGAAUCUGGGGGAUGCGGCCAAGGGACCCAGCGGCACAUCCGCCGGCAGCUCCAUGAUGCAGGCUCCACCACCCGGAAAUCUCGCCCGUCGUCGUGGCAGCGAUCGCAGCCUCACGGGCUCCGCCCACGAGCUGGCCGUGAUCGGUGUGAACAAGGAUGCCGGCUCCAAGGUACCGCACUCUCAUUCCCAGAGUAAUCUCAGCGAAAUCCCCUUCAGUAGCGAUUCAAUUUAUCGAGGCGAUAUGCCACAGCGCCACAUGGCGAUCAUGGAUAUUGGGAUAUAUGCGGCUUACGGGAAUCGCGAAAGUAGUUUGCAGGCACUUCCAGAAACGCCAAAGACGAAGACCACCGUCCUCGAUGCCACGGAGUCCACAUCGUCGUCCACGGCUCUGGCUGCGGCGGCCAGCAGUGCCGUCUGCCCGUGGGAUGACCCAGCCGAAUCAGUACCGCCGCCGCCGGCGGCGCAAGUGAAGCUAUCCGUGUGUCCCUGGGAACUGGAUAGUGCCACAGAGACGCCGGCAACGGCUCCAGCAGGUGGAGCAGGAGCGUCGAAGAUCCUAAGUUCCACCGGGCAGCCAAUGCGAUUAAAUAGCACUUCCUCGGACAACAGCGAUGUGAAUGAUCGAAUGCAGCGCAAUUUGGGCAUUCGCCAUCAGAACACCGUGGACAGCGGCGAAGCAGGCAUAAAGCGUCUGAUUCCCAACAUUCCGGAGCAGCGUCGGGCGUCAGUCUCAUUUACUCCAAGCCCCACUCCGGAUUUCCAGCUAGGACGCACUCCAACGACGACCUCCUCACCAACUGUGGCGCCCAGCAGCUCCACUCCGCUGCAGGCACGCAGUGCUGUGUACGGCAGUGGCCAAGGCAUCGCCAAAGAUCCGCCAUCUGGCUCGGAUGUCGAUGCGGAAUUGGAGGAGGAACUGAACAAAAUAUCCCUGGGCGAGUCCUCGACAUCGGAGCCGCCGCUUCUAGUAGUACCCACCCCCGAACAGACCCCGCCGCCCAUAACGAAGAUCACGCCACCACCGGGAGAAAGCGAGAAUCAGGCGGAUCAGGUGGUCGAUUCGACCGAGAUCCCGGGAAGCUCCUGUUCAAUCCAAGGCAACCAGCUAGGCGAGGCCACGGCGCCUGUGACCACGGUCAAGGAGGUCCAAAUCGAGCUGAUCGAGCAGGGCAGUGUUGUCCAAACAGAGCCAGGUAGUCCGCCCACCAUUAAGGUCCUGGUGCUAGAGGCAACUACGCCCGUGUCCGCUGAAACCCCGGCAGCAGAGCCAGGCGAGGAUCUGGCAAAGAUGGCCACCACGACCAACACCACCACCAUCACCACCGAGGAUCAAGCAGUGCGGGCGGACGAUGCAGAAAGAGACGCUGAAAUCGAGCAGACGGUUCUGGACGAGCUUUCACCAACCACCGACGAGUACCAGGAGGGACUGCAGUUUGGCGAUGCCAAGGAUGCAGUGGACGACUUCGAUAGCAUAGACAUUGGCUAUAUACCGCCAGCACCCACCCCUGCGCCCUCCAUGGCGCCCCUGGCCGAACUGGACGUGGACACCGUGGACGACGAGCCGUGCGAACCGGCCGCUCCUCCUCCUCCUUCCCAUUCUGCUCCGCCCAGCAGCAGCAGCAGGGAACUGGUGAUGGCCUCCGGCUCGGCUACGGCCACACCCACAUCCAGCAACGAGGAGGCGCGUAAGCGGCGCAAGAAGCGAAAUUCCGAGGGCAAGAAACUUAGCUCGCAGGACGAAAAGGACAAGGAUGCGCGCGAAAGGGCCGGCGGCAGCAGCAUGGAUGCAGCUGACCACAAUGCGGUGUGUCCCUGGGAAGACGAGAACGUCAGCACCAACGACGGCACCUUCGUGAAGACAUACGCCACACUGGGAUACUUAUGAAUAAAGCCCAAUCUGUUCAAGACGGUGGUCAACAAGUUGCUGAAAAGGAAGCCAUUGAAGAAGUAGGGCCAGGCCUGGGUAGCUAAGUUUAUUAUACGGAGGGAGUAUCUAUUAUAAUACGUACACAUGCAAACAUAUUAUGUAAAUGUAAGUAUUUGAAUAAUUGAGCGUAUGCAUAUGUAAAUGUUAAAUGCUUCUCAAGUUCUUGAAGCCGUUGAAUCAAACGAGGCGCAGUGGUUUAUUGCUGAAAAUUUCAAUUUCAAUUGAAACGAAAUGAUAUGAAAACGGUCUAUGAAUGCUACAAAAAUACAUACUUUAUCUACAGACGUACAUACUUAUUUACAAAUCCAAGUGGCUAACAUGGCUAACGUGGCUAACUAGAGUAACGAGAAAAAUCAGAUGAAAACUAAAUGGAUAUUAAUGUGUUUAAAGUCGCGAGUGCCGCCUUCUGAUUCACUUGUAAAAAAGCGAUACGAUGAUAAUUAAACGGAGCUUAGAUUCGGCGCAGCAGACGACACAUUUUAAUGUAUACAAUGUAUAUGAUCUUUCUGCGCAUAAGAAACAAUUUUCCAUAGUUAAUUCGAAGCUACACAUACAUAUAUAUAUAUAUAUAUAUACUCCCCCUCAAAGUCAAAAGCAGUAAUCAAGAUCGCGAUGAAUAUAGACCAUAAUUUGUAUUAUAAAGUUAGGCAGGCCAGCAGUGGGAACACUUUUCACAAUCCAUCUGCGAUCAACUAUGUAUUUUCUCCUGGAAAAGCCCUUGUUAUCCCAGCAAAUUUGUGACCUCGAAAACCCCAGGAUGAGCUGGCAAAGGGCAAGCUGGUGGUGCCUGGCACUUGGAAUAAUAUUCUUGGUGCCUCGAUCUAGAAUGGGGACAAUACUAUCUGAAGUUGCGAUGGUGAUGGCGAUCAUGCUUGCCCCUUGCCAACUCAAGAGCCCAAGAUUUAUUCAGCUAGUAGUACAAAGUGUUGGGCCUAUGUAACCAUGGCUCCGAUUCACCAACUAGAAUAAAAGUCCCUCGGAUAAUUAUAUGCACAAGUUGCUGCGCAAGUAGUUGCCAUUUGAAAUCUCAGUUCGAAGUUAAUUAGCCGUUUCAUUUCACGCGUACAUGCCAGAACUCACGAGCCCCAAAAUUGAUGUGCAGUGAAAAUGAAACACAGUUGGAAAACGCAAAUAUUUAGGAGAAGAAGUGAUUGUGUAUGUAGAUUAUUAGAGAACCCAUAGCCAACUUUGCCAGAUUAAGUAUUAUGUAUUAUGUAUUUGCCCAUGCGAAACUGACUUGCGCGAUCAACUUGUGCGUUUCAGAUUAUAUACCCACGUGUCCUAGCAAUGACUACCUAGUAAUUUUCUCUAUUCGACUAGAAAUGUAUUGAGCUGCCCGCCCAAACAAUCGCAGUGGUUAGUAUAACACUAACCACUUCUUACUCGUAGAGCCAACAUCCAUCGAUGGGAGGGAGGCGAGAUGGGCCGCAUCUCUAAGAUCAAAUUGCAUUCGAUCGAUUCGAACUUAACUUAAUGUGAAUCUAACAAAUAGAAGAGACGAGUAUAUGAAACAGAUAAACAAAGAAAUUAGAGAAUCAAAUUAAGAUGAAAUCCUGGUUGUUCGCGACUAAUACCUUUAUAUGAAUCGAAAGAUGAUAACUUAUCGAAGAACUAUUACAAUCUAAGUACAUAUAUUUCUAUUUUCAUUGUGCAUAUGAAUUAGCUACUUUACUGUCGAAAACCGAUUUGCUGGUAAACAAUCUUUAUAUGGGAUAUCCGAAUAUCGGAAUAUCCGAAUAUCCGAUUAUCUGAAUAUCUGAAUUCUCUUUGUGCUUUCUAUGCUAAACACACAUUUUUGAACUACUUCAAUUAACGAGACGAAAACCCAAAGCUGUAACACUUGAAUUCCGAGAUCCGUACAUAAGUCCCCAAAACGAUAUCCCCAAUGUAAAGAGCGUACCGAAAAUCAAAGCCAGUGUUGCAUAGAUAUUACGAAAUAGUACGAUGGUACGGUACGGUACGGGUACGGGGAGUACAUACUUCAGUAUAGAGCAUAUUGAACUUAUAGAGCAAAUAGAAAAAUAGGAACGAUGUGCCGAUGUGUAGGGCGUGCGUACAAAAUGUGUACAUGAAACCACCGUUAACUUUGCUUCAUGCGAGCCGAGCAAUUAAAGAGUUAAAGAAUAAAAUACAAAAUGAAAAAU